AUGGCUUCUCCCCUCUACCCGUUGUUACCACCGCAGGGCGUCCGCACUGUUUCCGAGAAGGCAAUUGCGCAACGUAGCAUGUCGAACGCGUCGCAGCGCCGACCCCAGCCUGGAUCAGCAGUUCACUUCAGCCCGUCGCAGCAGCAGCAGCCAGUGCGAAUGACUAGGCAACAGACGCAGAUGAGGAAUGCUCCGGUCUAUCAACAGCCUGCUGUUCGGCAACAAAAGCCGUCCUUCUUGCGCUCAUCAUCUACAACUGAUAUCGAUGAGAACCUGGCGCAGGUGAACUCACGUCACCAGCCAGCCAUGCUCUCGCCUUUCACCUCACCAGCGCCGAUGCUACCCCCGCCAAUUAUGCUGCCUCAACAACAGUCAUACAGUGCCACCGGUCUGCCUGAGAGCUCUACCCCCAGCCCAGCUUUGAACAACUUGACGAACCCGAGUAAGCAGAUCCCUCUUCUCCGACCAGUCGAUAUACUGCACGAUCCGCGAUACAACAUCCUCCACCCCGACAAGCGCAUGGAGAUCGCCAAACUCCUCCACGAAAAUGGGGCUGUUGUGCGCGACUCUCAAGAUAAUGAACUGCGAGCGAGAGCUUUCGCGAACAUCCAAAAUGCCACCAUGAUUGUCAACCAGUCAAUAGCCAGCAUGCAGGCUGCGAUGGAGUUGCAGCAGCAGCAAAGGGCGCAGCAGACUCAAAAUCAGGAGGGCUUCCGAGCGCGGAUGGGACAAGUACAUCAGACUCAACAGCCUCAAUUCCAGCCUCAAGCUCACCAGGUAUAUGCUCAACCCCCGCUUCAGCCGGGCAUCACACCCGUGCAACCCUCCCCGUCGUCCCCGGACCCAUACUACACUAUUCCUCACACUCCUCAACAGCAGAUGUCGCCACCUCAGCCACCCGCAACGCAAGGCUAUCCGACGUCGUAUCCUCAAGAUUCCACUCCGAACCCUACGGCGCCGCAACUGUCCGUCCAGCUCCGCGCGAACAUCAAUCGCCACUUACUACAGGUCUGGCAGUGUCUGCGGGUCGUGCUAUGUACCCCGGAUAACCCGUCAGAAGAAGCUGCACAGAACAAGGAGCGCUCAGGUCGGUGGAUUGAACAGUUCAAGGCUAGCUUGCCAGGUGAAGGACGCCCGUACCUGAUGCAAGUCAUGUCAAGGAUGAUCAAGGAGUAUAACGCAGGGGGAAAUGUAAUGGCGUUGUUGGGGGUUCCUUCCCGACCAGCCUAG